AUGCUUUUUACAUCAUUAGUUUCAUUACUUGUUACGUCAUUGAGUGUUGUUAGGGGUGAAGACUCUGCUGCAGUUGCUCCAGAAGACUCUGCUGUUGUGAGCCUAAAUGCUGACAACUUCGAGGACUUUGUUAGUCAGCAUCCUGUUGUGCUAGCCGAGUUUUUUGCUCCAUGGUGUGGACAUUGUAAGCACUUGGGACCUGAAUUUGUCGCUGCUGCUGAUGUGUUGUCGAAGAAAGACAUUCCAUUGGCUCAAGUGGACUGCACUGAAGAGAGAGACCUUUGCUCCAAGUAUGAGGUGAGAGGUUACCCUACCCUGAAGGUGUUCAGAGGUUCGCCAUCGGACUAUUCCGAUUACAAUGGACAGAGAAAGUCUGAUUCCAUCAUCAAUUAUAUGACGAAGCAGACUUUGCCUGCUGUCAGCGUCUAUGAGGAUGCUGCUGACUUGUUGGAGGCCAUCUCUGAAGUCAAGGAUUCGUUCAUCUUACAGGUCCUUCCUAAGGGCGUCACUGUGGGCAAUGGUACUUUUUACGAGAUUGCAGACGCUCAGAGAGAUCUCUUCUCCUUUGCCACUACCAGCAAUGAAGAGUAUGUUAAGAAGUAUGCUCCAAAGUCCGGGAAAAAACCAGGUUAUGUCAUUUUCAGGCCAGACGAGGAAAUCUCCGAUGCAUCUGUCUACGACGACAAAUUGAUUGAUGAGGAGCAUUUGAACAAAUUCAUUGAAGUUGAGACAAAGCCUCUACUUGGUGAGCUGGAUGGUUCAUCUUUCCGUAGUUACAUGGGUGCCAACUUACCAUUGGCUUAUUACUUCUACAAUGAUCUUACUCAGCGUGAUGAGAUCAAGCCUUUGCUCUCCAAAUUGGCUAAGACUUACAGAGGUAAGAUGAAUUUUGUUGCUUUGGACGCUACUAAGUACGGUGUUCACUCUCAGAACUUGAACAUGGAAGAGAAAUUCCCAUUAUUCUCGAUCCACGACAUUCCAUCUAAUCUUAAGUAUGGUAUCUCUCAAGAGAAGGAGUUGAACAACAAGGAUAUUUCGUCGUUCGUCACUAAAUUCUUUGCUGAGAAGUUGGAGCCAAUUGUCAAAUCCGAGCCUAUUCCAGACACUCAGAACAGUUCUGUCUAUCAUUUGGUUGGUUAUGAAUAUGAAAAGAUUGUGGCUAGUCCAAAAGAUGUCUUUGUCAAGUACUAUGCACCAUGGUGUGGACAUUGUAAGAGAUUGGCUCCAAUUUAUGAGUCUUUGGCUGACCUUUAUGCCGAGGAUGAUAAGGCUAGUGGAAAGGUUCUUCUUGCCGAGAUUGACCACACUGCCAACGAUAUCAAUGGUGUUGACAUCCAGGGAUAUCCAACUUUGAUUUUAUAUCCAGCUGACGGUUCUGACCCUGUUUUGUUUGAGGGACAGAGAACUUUGGAAGGUAUGGCUGACUUCAUCAAGGAGAAUGGUUCUACUGGUGUUGAUGGUACUGCUUUGUACGUGAAGCAGCAGGAAAACUCGAAGGAUGAGGAGAACGAAGACGAAGACGAGGAAGUUGAAGCCGAGGAAGAAAAGGUCGCAAAGCUUGUUGAAAAGAUUGAAAAGGCUCAAAAGCCCGUUGCAGACGUCGCCGAAAAGGUGAAGGCUGCUGCUGGUUCCAUUGGUCAAAAAAUUCAAGAGAAAUACGAGCAAGCCAAAGAUUUGUUAUUAGCCAAAAAGGAAGAGUGGACUGAGAAGCUUCAGGGAGUUCAAAAGGCCCCUGAAGAAGAGGAGGAUCAUGAUGAGUUGUAA